GACGGGGACAGGGACAGGGACAGCAGCCUGGGGGCGCGGCGUGUCCGAGCGCCGCUCGCGGUGCCGCAGCUCCUCCCGGCCCUGCCGGGACCCGCGGGCGGGGCCGCUCCGGUUCCUGCGCUCGGCGGCCGCGGUGCUCGGCUCCCGCAGCUGCUGCCACCGCCCGGGCUGCUCGGUCCCUGCGCUCCGCUGCCCCAGGGUGUGUCAGCAGGACAUGGCCAAGGUCUGGCAGGACUGACCCGUGGCAGCACUGCCCCAGGGCACAGCUGGGGAGCUGAGCCUGGGCUGAGCACACCAUGGGGGCAAACACCUCCAGCAAGUCAGCACCCCCUGAAGGGAGCGAGGAUGUUACCUUCGACCAUUUUGAGAUUUUGCGUGCUAUUGGGAAGGGCAGCUUUGGAAAAGUGUGCGUGGUGCAGAAGACUGACACCAAGAAGAUGUAUGCCAUGAAAUACAUGAACAAACAGAAGUGUGUGGAGAGAAAUGAAGUGAGAAAUGUUUUCAAGGAGCUGCAGAUCAUGCAGGGCCUGGAGCACCCCUUUUUGGUUAAUCUAUGGUACUCCUUCCAGGAUGAGGAGGACAUGUUCAUGGUGGUGGACCUGCUGCAGGGAGGGGACCUGCGCUACCACCUGCAGCGGGACGUGCGCUUCCCCGAGGGGGCCGUCAGGCUCUUCAUCUGUGAGCUGGUGCUGGCCCUGGACUACCUGCAGAGCAGGCACAUCAUCCACAGAGAUAUCAAGCCUGACAACAUUUUACUGGAUGAGCACGGACACGUGCACAUCACGGAUUUCAAUAUUGCCACCACGCUGACGAGGGACAGCCCUGUCACCACCAUUGCUGGCACCAAGCCCUACAUGGCACCUGAAAUGUUUAGCUCCACAAAACCCACGAGCUACUCCUUUGCUGUGGACUGGUGGUCCCUGGGGGUCACUGCCUACGAGCUGCUCAGAGCUCGGAGGCCGUUCCACAUCAGGCCCCAGAGCGGCGCGGAGGAAAUCGCCCGCGAGCUGCGCACGGCCGCCGUCAGGUACCCGGCAGCCUGGUCCCCGGGGCUGGUGGCACUGCUCAGGAAGCUGCUCGAGCUGAACCCCGAGAAACGUUUUUCUCAGCUGAAGGACAUUCAGUCCUUCCCAUAUCUGUCUGAUGUCAACUGGGAUGCUGUUCUCCAGAAAAGAAUAAUGCCAGAGUUCAUUCCCAUGAAAGGCAGACUGAAUUGUGACCCAGCCUUUGAACUGGAAGAAAUGAUCCUGGAAUCCAAACCUCUUCACAAAAAAAAAAAGCGUUUGGCUAAGAAGGAGAAAGACACAAGCAAAAGCAAUUCAUCCCAGGCCAGCCACCUCCAGAAGCACCUGGAAAUGCUCCAGAGGGACUUCAUUGUUUUCAACAGAGAAAAGGUAAGACCCCACCAUGACAGCAUCCAAGAGACCAUGGCAGACAGUGGAGACCCUCACAGGGAGGACAAUCAGAACCACAAGCUCUGAGAACAGCUCAGCCCCUGCAGGGACCUCAGCCACCCAUCCCCUUCACAGUGCCAGGCCAUGGACAUGUCCUGUGCUGCUGGGACCCUGCCAGUGGCCCAGGGCACAGAGGAGAGUGGGGCACCCACCCCUCAGCUUCCCCCCACAGCCAGAGGGGAAGAGGCUCUGGGGGCUGCCUUGCAAUCAGCCACGGUUGGUAAGAUUCAGAUUCUAUUCUGCUGCCUUCCCUGGGGGCAGGAAUGGGACCACGAGACCGUGGAUAAAAGUGGUGGCAGGUGCCCCAGCCCUCGGUGUCACCACGCAGGCGAUGCUGCAGUGCUGGAAGCUGCCCCCGUGUCACCACGUGCCUCCCACAUGCAGGGUCUUCACCAGUGCACUGAGACAAAAGUGGCCUUUGCUGACAGACAGCUCCUGCAAACACCCUGCGAGGGUGGGCACAGCUGGCUGGAAAUGAGCUCCUGCCUCAGCUGGGAGGAGGCAGCCAAGGCUUCCUGCCCCUUUCACAUCGCUCCGUGCAGGGCUGGCAGGGUGGGUGUCAGUGUGCAGACAGGUGUGGACACCAAGCAGUAACAACCAGGUGUUGGUGAAUCCAGAUGCUUUACCAGUCUAGCCUGAAAAAUACAUUCACCAUAAUGUUAAAAUGCUGCAGCUCACUGAAUCUGAUGGGGUUUGGCUUCCAAAACCAGAGGGGAAUUCGAAUGUGUUUGAAUCUCUCUACCACUGAAAUCACACUCGAUUUAGGCAGGGACUGUCCUCAGGAACAACCGCACUGCUGGUGUGGCCUUGCCAAGACUGAGAUUGGCCAAAGCACUGCUACUGCAGAUUCCUGCUACUGCCAGGAACGAUGCUAUUAUUUAAAUGCUUUGACAGGCCUGAGGUUUCACCUCCUGAUUUGACAUUUUCCCCACUCUUAGCAAUGUAAAAGCUCCACCAACACCCUGGCACACGCAGCAGUGUGUGCACUGCUUGGUGCUGCCCUGACAGUCUGUUGCUGCAGCCCCCAACAGCACCCAAACCCCUCUGCCACACCAGCCCCGCUCCCUGCAGGUGCAGCUGGGCACUGCCCCUGCCAAGCAGCAGCAGCCUGAGGAAGAAAAGAGAAAGCUGACAACAUGAGUUGUUUGAAGGAACAACUUUUUUUUUUUAAUAAAGUAUACAAAGUAGUAAAACUCC